GCGGCAGCGCGCUACUUCGUCAAGCAAACAAAAUCUUGUGAUGACUAGUUGUGUUGUGUUGUUAAGACACGAACAGUCGUUUCUGUGACGAAUGCGUGCGCUUCUUGGCUACGGACUCCUUUCACACGCAUCUCUUAUUAUUUUUCAUCGUUGUUUUAUAUUUUUUUGUGGUAUUACUUUACACAAUUUUUCUUUUUCAAAUUCCUUUCCUAAUUACUGUGUGUUGUACUAAGAAUCGAUAAUUUUGCUAAAUUUGAUCGCCUGAGAUAUGAGUAAAUUUUUGAUAAAAUCCUCUAAAAAUCGUGGAAUAAAUUCAAAUUUGUGACAUUCAAGUGUGGAAGGUAGAAAGUUAGGACAGGAAAAAUUAACGUUGAAUAACAGACGUUCUACUCUAAAAGAAUGAAGAAUCAAGAUGAAUUGAAACGCGAUUCGGUGAAUAAAUUCGAUGCAAUUUAAACGCGAUUUACUGAAAUAAAGCAAAUUUUAAUCAGCAGCGAGAAAGAGAGAGAUCAGAGGAAAAACACGAAUUACCUACGAACGAGCUACAGUUUGAUUUAGACAGAAAAAAAGAGUCAUCAAUCACUUGUUGUAGCUGUGUAUUAGUAGAAAAUUUUAUGACAUCGACUCGCCGGCUUUAAAACAUUAAACACGCUAAGCGUUGCAUAGAGAACCACAAACAUAAAUAAUUAAAACCAAAAGAGAGAAAGAGUAGAAUAAACCAUUUAGACAAAUCAACCGAAUAUCUCACCCACACGCAAAAAUGCCAGUUUUCCACACAAAAACAAUCGAAAGCAUUUUGGAACCUGUUGCCUCACAGGUUAGCCGUUUGGUGAUUUUGCACGAAGAAGCCGAAGAUGGAAAUGCUAUGCCCGACCUCAGCCGACCGGUUCAAGCGGUUUCAUCGGCUGUUGCAAAUCUGAUAAAAGUCGGAAAGGAAACAAUCACCGCUUCCGAUGAUGAAAUCUUGAAGCGACAAAUGCCCGCUUCUUUGUCACGUGUCGAGAAUGCAUCGCAUUUGUUGGAAGAUGCGGCGGCUAUGUUGCGUGCCGAUCCAUACUCAGGGCCAGCUCGAAAGAAGUUGAUUGAAGGUUCGCGUGGUAUAUUACAAGGGACGUCAUCACUUUUGCUCUGCUUUGACGAAUCCGAAGUGCGUAAAAUCAUUCGCGAAUGUAAACGGGUAUUGGAUUAUUUGGCCGUAUCCGAAGUCAUCGACACCAUGGAGGACUUAGUGCAAUUCCUGAAAGAUCUCAGCCCAUGUUUGAGCAAAGUAUCGCGCGAGGUGAGCGCCCGUGAAAAGGAGUUGACACAUCAGGUGCAUAGCGAAAUUUUGGUGCGUUGCUUGGAGCAAGUGAAAAUUUUGGCACCAAUUUUGAUUUGCAGCAUGAAAGUGUACAUUCACAUUGUUGAACAAGGUGGAAAGGGUGCUGAAGAAGCAUCAGAGAAUCGUAAUUACUUGGCAUCACGAAUGAGUGAGGAAAUCCAAGAAAUAAUCCGUGUGCUACAAUUGACCACGUACGAUGAAGACACCAGUGAAUUGGAUAAUUUGACCGUACUGAAGAAAAUCCAAAAUAGUAUCAUCAAUAAAAUGGGACCAGCUCUUGAUUGGUUAGCUAAUCCGUACGCUUUGCGUGGUGGUGUUGGCGAGAAAGCCCUUCGUCAAAUUCUUGACAACGCAUAUCGUGUGGCCGAUCGUUGUUUGCCGCAAGAUGCUGCCACUAUUCGACGUCUGGCUGAUGACAUCACAAGAUCUGUGAAUGAAUUGUGCGAUUUGCGUCAAGCUGGCAAAGGAAAUACCCCACAAGCUGAGCAGUUAGCACGUGACAUUCGCGAUAAACUUAGCAACCUUGAACGUGCCGUAACAAAAGCGGUUGUUGGUGUAGAUAAAGCCGGUCAUCAAGCUGCGCACACGGUACAAGGUCGUCUUGAACAAGCUUGUCGCUGGCUUCAAAAUCCAAGCAUUGACGACAAAGGUGUCGGAAAGCGUGCAAUCGAUUUGAUUAUUGACGAGGGAAAGAAGGUGGCCGAAGGUUUGCCGGGCCAUCAAAAGGUGGAAAUCUUGCAAUUGUGCGACGAAGUCGAUCAAUUAGCCAAUCAAUUCGCAAAAUUGUGCGCUCAAGGUCUAGGAAACACACCAGAAGCCCAAGAAAUUGCCCGUAAAUUGAAUGCCAAAUUGCAUGAGCUGAAAGGAAAGAUUCAACAAGCGUUAGUCAACCGUGUCGUUGAAGAUUUCAUGGAUGUGUCAACGCCAUUGAAGCAAUUCUCCGAUGCUGUUAACGUGCCCGAAGGUACACCAGGCCGUGAACAAAAUUUCAAUCAAAAAUCAAACAAUUUGCAAGCGUUCAGCGAUCGAGCAUCAAAAACAAGUCGCAUGGUUGCCGCCGGUGGAUCAGGUGGUAACAAGAAAAUUGCCGAAGUUCUUCUGGGCUCGGCCGCUCAAAUUGACAGUCUCACACCACAACUCGUCUCGGCCGGUCGAAUCAAAAUGAACUAUCCAGCUAGCAAAGCAGCUGAUGAACAUUUGAAUAACUUGAAGCAACAAUAUGCAGACACCAUUCUUCGUAUGCGUACACUGUGCGAUCAGGCCACCGAUCCAGCUGAAUUCAUCAAGGCAUCCGAAGAACAAAUUCAAAAGUACACAUUCUUAUGUGAAGAAGCCAUCCGUAAUAAGCAACCACAAAAAAUGGUCGAUAACACAUCGAAUAUAGCUCGAUUGGUGAACCGUGUAUUACUUGUGGCCAAACAAGAGGCUGACAAUUCAGAGGAUCCGGAAUUCAUUGCCAAGCUCAAUGCAGCCACCAACAAAUUGGAACAAAGUUUACCAUUGAUGGUGCAACAUGCAAAAUCAGUUGCGGCCAAUAUCAACGAUCCAUCGGCCGCCUCACACUGGCGCGAAGCAAACAAAAACCUUUUGAAUGCCGUGCGUGGAGUUCGCGGAGCAAUUGUGACACCACCAGAAGUGCCAAUCUUGCCAGAUUUAGCCGCACUCAAUUUGAGACAACAAGAACAAAUUCCACCACGUCCUCCACUUCCGUCCGAAAAUCGGUUCACCGUUGGCGCUGCACCAGCUCGUCCACCACUUCCAACUGAAACUGACGAUGAAGCAGCCGUUUUCCGACGUGCUCCAUUGCCGAAUCAACCAAUUUUACUUGCCGCCCAUGGAUUGCAUCAAGAAGUGCGACAAUGGGACUCACAAGACAACGAACUUAUUGCCGCUGCUAAACGUAUGGCCAUUCUUAUGGCUCGUCUUUCCGAAUUGGUACAUUCGGAUUCGAAGAGCAGCAAACGUGAAUUGAUUGCCACCGCUAAAAUGAUUGCCGAAGCAUCUGAGGAUGUGACCCGUCUUGCCAAACAAUUAGCACGCGAAUGCACAGACAAGCGUAUUCGCACGAACUUGCUUCAAGUUUGCGAACGUAUUCCAACGAUUGGUACACAAUUGAAGAUUUUGUCGACCGUGAAGGCCACUAUGCUCGGAGCUCAAGGUUCGGACGAAGAUCGCGAGGCUACCGAAAUGUUGGUUGGCAACGCCCAAAAUCUCAUGCAAAGCGUAAAAGAAACCGUCCGUGCUGCUGAGGGAGCAAGUAUCAAAAUCCGUUCGGAUCAAACGAAUCAACGAUUGCGCUGGGUGCGACGUCAACCAUGGUAUCAAUACGCUUAAGAUCGAAAACUUCACCGUGUGAAAGCGUAUAACGUGCAUCAUUCAAGAUCAUCAUCAAAAACGAUCAAGCAGCAAAUUAAAACAACGAAAACCCAGUACUAAAAAAAGAACAGGGGGCGAAUUGUACGUGCCCAAUAUAAACAAAUGAAUAAAACAAAUGGAUAUGUGUUUGUGGUUUUAAUGAUUAACAAAAAAAAAAAAAAAAAAAAGAAAAAUAUGCCAAAACGACUCAAGUGCCUAAUUUAUAUUUACAAAAUACUAUACACAAAUUUUAAAAUUUAAAUUAAAAAAAUAUAGAUUUUAACGAUAUAUUUACAAGAAGAAACAAAAGAAAAACCACAUAUGUCGAAUCAUAAAGAGUUCGAGCGAUCGAAAACUCAAAAGCGAUUCAAAUGUAUUUAUUGUACUUCGAUACGAAAGAAAACAAUAUAACAAAUAAAAACAAUCCCUGAAAUCUGUUCGAAAAAUUAACAAAUAACGUUUUUAUAUGAAAAAGAAAAAACCAACGACAAAGAGCAGCUAAAUGAAUUCGAAAGCAAUACGAAUGUAAUCAACUGACAUUCAAAACAAAUUGUUUCUUUCUUUUUCUUCUUCUUCAAUUUCAAUAUGGAUUUAUUGUUAACUUCUUAGCUAGUUUUAAGUAAAACACAAUUUCAUUUUGCAGCUUAUCCAUAUAGAUUUCAUUUAAUCGUCUUUGCAGCAAGAACGCAUCAUACUUUUUUUUUUGCUCGUUAAUGUAAACCAAGUGCAACUUAAAAGCGUCCAAUUUCUAUUUUUGUUUAAAUAUUAGUUUUGCUUCAUUUGUUCCCUUCAAAUUUUGAUUUAGAGAAAAUAUGUUUAACAAUAAUGCAUUUAACAAAUCUCAUCCAGUGGCAAUAUUAUACAGGACCAGCAAUGAAAAUGAAUUUAAUUAAGUUUAGCACAUGCAAUUGAUUAUUAAUAUUAACAAAUCAAAUAUGUUACAAUUUUUAGCAAAUUUUUGUGUGAAACUGUUGUAUAAUGAAACGAAACCGAAAGAAUAAUACAAAUGAUAAAGAUACAGAAAAA